AUGAGCACGGGCAGGUUACUCAGAACUGAGGCUUUAUCCUGGAUGACGAAUGUGGACAACGUGACAGGGGGCCAGUCCCACGACUUGGUCCUGCAGCCACUUUGGGACUUCCUCCACCAGAACCACCACGACCUCCUGACGAGCCCUCUCGUCCCUGUGUUCCUCUCCGUCACCACCUACUUCUUCCUGGUUGGUCUUUACACCGUGUUGGACCUGCUGGCUCCCACCUGGCCUUGCAUCAACCGCUACAGGCUCCAUCCUGACAAACCAAUCUCCUGGCCAAACAUCUGGACGACCCUGGGCAUCACCAUCUACAACCACCUUCUGUACAUCUUUCCUGCUGCAGUUGCCCAGUGGCUGUGGAGGCCGCCCACCCCACUGCCUCGUGAAGCGCCCUCUCUCUGGAGCUUCUUCCUGGGCAUCCUGGGCUGCAUGGUAGUCUUCGACUUCCAGUAUUACCUGUGGCACCUGCUGCACCAUCGGAUUCCCUGGCUGUACCGCACCUUCCACGCCGUGCACCACCAGUACAACCAGCCUUUCAGCCUGGUCACCCAGUACCUCUCUGGCUGGGAGCUGUUCAGCGUGGGGUUGUGGGCUACGGUGGACCCAAUCCUGCUCCAGUGCCACUGCCUCACAACAUGGGGCUUCAUGGUGUUCAACGUCUAUGUUUCCACCGAGGACCACUGCGGCUACAACUUCCCGUGGGCCAUGCAUAACCUGGUGCCCUUUGGCCUCUGGGGCGGUGCACCCAAGCAUGACACACACCACCAGAGGCCCAGCACCAAUUUUGCCCCAUUCUUCUCUCACUGGGACUGGCUGGGGGGCACCCACACCGUGUCAACUCCCUCCAGCCACAUUGCCAAUGGAGAGCCAGACGAGCUGAAGGGAAGAAAAGACUAAAGAGCUUGUAUUAAUCCCUCAUUGACUCUGUCUCUCUUUUACUCGCACUGUCUCUUUUGUACCUGCUCUUGUCCGACUAGUUCAUGUUAUUUUCCUCUCUCCUCUUCGGUAGAACACUUUCUCUCUUCCCCAUCUCCAUGCCUUUCUUUCUCGUUGAUA